UUGUCCUCCCUCUCCUGCGCUCCAAAAGCAACCAGAAGCUAUUCGCGUUUAGGCUACAGGCGGAGUUUUUGAGAACUGGGAAGAAUUUGACACACUUUGUUGAUCCCAACGUAGCCUAAACGGACCGCAGCGCUUCACUGCCAGUCGUUAUAUAGAGACAUCGAUUAGUUUACUGUGUAUGUCGACUUCAAUUUAAAUAAGUUAGAGUUUCUCUUUUCAUGGAAUAUGAAGAACAACGUCAGGAGGAUGAGAUCUUGACCGAAUCAUGCAUGGAUAUUUAUUUGUUCUUUUAUCAAACUUCACGUUGUCUGUCUAGUUGAAAGCGCGGUUAGGACGCAGCGGUUUUGCAUAUUUAUUUUUUAUUCCCAUCGUUUUUUAAAAUGAUUGUUGUUUAAUUCAAACGGACAUGGCUAACUGAUGUAAUAUACAUUUUUUUGUGACGUGGGAAGUUAAUUUGAAUUGAAUAUGAAAACGUAACUUUUCCAUGUAAACCAAUAUUGAGAGUUUUCCACUUCGCCAACUCUCUCGGACCAUUAGUCUAUAACCAAUGUGGUGUCAACUGGAAGGACGCGUGGUCCGGAUCUCACCUAAACGUUGAUACGUGUUGGGAGUGAUGCACUGGCUUCCCCUGGUUGCCAUGGUGAUCGCCUCGGCCCUGCCCUUCCCUCACAGCCCUGUGACCAGUACUGUUGCUGCGAUGACGGAGCCCGGCAGUAGCCUGGACGACCACACAGAGGACAUCGAUGACUCUUCCAGUCGCUCCCCCGGAUCUUACUCCACACUUCCAGCUCCUCAGGCCUACAAUGUGGACUACAAGGACUACAAUAACCCCUCCAUAAUUAAAGAGGAGGUGCAAACUUUGAAAGGGAAGCGAAAACAACAAAGUUAUCUGUCAAAAAGCAAUUUUCAUACAGAAAACACGAACAGCGUUGGUUUAAAUAAAUAUUCUAACACUGAUGGAGGAAAACUCAGGAGCACCAAUGGCAGCAGUCAUCAGGACUACCCCUCCCAGGAGAACUAUGUACUAGGGGACUAUAAACCAGACAGCAGCAGAGCUGGUGAUGACAGCAGCUUUAGAGACAUGGCUCAGAAGGAAAACCAUCAUCACUCUCUAGAUCCCAGGACCGAUGAACAGGAUCUCAGACCUCCCAACAUGUAUGUGGUGGAAACUUACAAACCUUCCACUAAUGCUGGACACCACAGUAAAACUGGGCCAGAUCCCUCCAGUCAGAGGACCCCGCAGAGAGCAGAGGCUAGGACAGAGAGCAGUGAUAACAGGGGAGAGGAGGGGAGGGAGGGUGGGCCUGGGGCAGGGGCUGGGAAAGGUCCGGAUCUGUCAGAGGAAGGAAUGGAAUUAGGACUAGGGUUAGGGCUGGGUCAGGGGCUGGGAGGUGUAAAGGAGAAGCAAGAGCUGCUGUUUUUAGAUGCACACCCGCGGGUCCUUUUCUCUUCCUCUCCUCCAGAGCACCCGCCCCUCCUCCUCAUGCUGGAGUCAGGCAUGUUGCCCAUAGAAGGAGAGGACAAGGAGGAGGAGGAGGAGGAAGUGUCGGACGCAGACGGACACAUGGAGGGUCAUGGGGACCGAGAGAUGGACGGGAGUGUGCCGCUGAGCUGGGUGGACACUCUCAGGGGGGCCAGGGAGCCCCCUCGCCCCGCCCCCAGGCACAAGCGCUCGCACUUGCCCCACACCGGGCGGGGUGAGAUGCCGGUGUGUGAGUCGGAGAGCGUGUGGGUAACGGACAAGACGACGGUAUUCGACGAUAGGGGUAAAACAGUCAACAUCGUGCCAGAGAUCAAGACAGUCAAGGGGGCGCUGAAGCAGUACUUCUAUGAGACUCGCUGCCGCCAGGAGGGGCAGCAGAGGGGCGGUGGGCCGCAGCGGGAGGCAGGGGGGGCAGGGGCCUCGGCAGCAGGAACAGGGACAGGACCCGUAGGUGUGUCCGGGGCCAGCUGCCGGGGUGUGGACAUCAGACAGUGGGUGAGUCAGUGUAAGGCCAAGGACACAUAUGUCCGAGCCCUCACUGUUGACAACAACGGUCUGCAGGGCUGGAGGUGGGUCCGCAUCAACUCGUCCUGCGUGUGUGUCCUACUGUCCAGAGUAACCAGGAAAAACAGAGGAAGGGAGUGAGGGCAGGAGAUGGAGGAAAGGUGGAGAGGAUAAUGUGGAAGAAAUGUUAACACAGAUAAUGCUUGGGACAUUGGAUGUAAUGUCAGUGAGACAGUAGGUGUUACUUUAUAGGCCAGGGUGCCUCUUAUCCAGAGCGACUUACAUUAGUGCAUUCUUCUGAUAGCUGCACUCUUACAAAAAAAGGGUUCCAAACGGGUUCUUUGGCUGUACCCAUAGGAGAACCCUUUUUGGUUCUAGGUAGAACCCUUUUUGAGGUUCUAUGUAGAACCCUCUGUGGAAAGGAUUCUACAUGGAACUCAAAAGUGUUCUAACUGGAACCAAAAUGGGUUAUUCAAAGGGUUCUCCAAUGGGGACGGCCAAAGAACCCUUAGGUUCUAGAUAGCACUUUUUUUAAAAGAGUGUAGGCAAGACAACCCCUCCACCCAUCACGUGCUCAGUGAGAGUGACUACACAAAAACAAUAAAACCUCAACAAUACAACUUAGGGAAAACUAUCAUAACAAAAUAGUGAUUUAAAAAAAGUACUGUUUGUUUCACAAUUGUUUCAUAUCAUACAUGUUAUUGCUGAGUAAUACUGUAUGUAUGCAUGAGUUUUAAAUUAAUAUAUUUCUUUAUAUACAGUGCCUUGCGAAAGUAUUCGGCCCCCUUGAACUUUGCGACCUUUUGCCACAUUUCAGGCUUCAAACAUAAAGAUAUAAAACUUUAUUUUUUUGUGAAGAAUCAACAACAAGUGGGACACAAUCAUGAAGUGGAACGACAUUUAUUGGAUAUUUCAAACUUUUUUAACAAAUCAAAAACUGAAAAAUUGGGCGUGCAAAAUUAUUCAGCCCCCUUAAGUUAAUACUUUGUAGCGCCACCUUUUGCUGCGAUUACAGUUGUAAGUCGCUUGGGGUAUGUCUCUAUCAGUUUUGCACAUCGAGAGACUGACAUUUUUUCCCAUUCCUCCUUGCAAAACAGCUCGAGCUCAGUGAGGUUGGAUGGAGAGCAUUUGUGAACAGCAGUUUUCAGUUCUUUCCACAGAUUCUCGAUUGGAUUCAGGUCUGGACUUUGACUUGGCCAUUCUAACUCCUGGAUAUGUUUAUUUUUGAACCAUUCUAUUGUAAAUUUUGCUUUAUGUUUUGGAUCAUUGUCUUGUUGAAAGACAAAUCUCCGUCCCAGUCUCAGGUCUUUUGCAGACUCCAUCAGGUUUUCUUCCAGAAUGGUCCUGUAUUUGGCUCCAUCCAUCUUCCCAUCAAUUUUAACCAUCUUCCCUGUCCCUGCUGAAGAAAAGUAGGCCCAAACCAUGUUUGACAGUGGGGAUGGUGUGUUCAGGGUGAUGAGCUGUGUUGCUUUUACGCCAAACAUAACGUUUUGCAUUGUUGCCAAAAAGUUCAAUUUUGGUUUCAUCUGACCAGAGCACCUUCUUCCACAUGUUUGGUGUGUCUCCCAGGUGGCUUGUGGCAAACUUUAAACAACACUUUUUAUGGAUAUCUUUAAGAAAUGGCUUUCUUCUUGCCACUCUUCCAUAAAGGCCAGAUUUGUGCAAUAUACGACUGAUUGUUGUCCUAUGGACAGAGUCUCCCACCUCAGCUGUAGAUCUCUGCAGUUCAUCCAGAGUGAUCAUGGGCCUCUUGGCUGCAUCUCUGAUCAGUCUUCUCCUUGUAUGAGCUGAAAGUUUAGAGGGACGGCCAGGUCUUGGUAGAUUUGCAGUGGUCUGAUACUCCUUCCAUUUCAAUAUUAUCGCUUGCACAGUGCUCCUUGGGAUGUUUAAAGCUUGGGAAAUCUUUUUGUAUCCAAAUCCGGCUUUAAACUUCUUCACAACAGUAUCUCGGACCUGCCUGGUGUGUUCCUUGUUCUUCAUGAUGCUCUCUGGGCUUUUAACGGACCUCUGAGACUAUCACAGUGCAGGUGCAUUUAUACGGAGACUUGAUUACACACAGGUGGAUUGUAUUUAUCAUCAUUAGUCAUUUAGGUCAACAUUGGAUCAUUCAGAGAUCCUCACUGAACUUCUGGAGAGAGUUUGCUGCACUGAAAGUAAAGGGGCUGAAUAAUUUAGCACGCCCAAUUUUUCAGUU